CGCUAUUUAUAACACCGCGCAGCCGGGCAUGCGUGUUGCGAGUGCCUGUCGCAAUCACGUCGAAAGGCGCACACACGCAGCGCGAGUUGUCGUCGUCGCGUGACGUAUGCCGGUACUUUCACGAGCGACUGUACGCAGGCAUUAAUUCAGCAUUCGAUUGAUAGAGGCAGGUAGUGCUCGUUGCGCUUUCGUGCGACAUGGCUGUGGUUGGUGUCGGUUGCGGUUUUACCUUCGAUCGUCAAGUAUCGUAAAACGAAUUAGCCCUUUUGCAAUGCGCCGUUGGAUCACGAAUUGCAGGAUCGACGAUCGGGAAUAAGAAGUCCGUGCGCGGACUUUCGCGAUACAGCACAAUGUCCCAAAGAAAGAAUACUAAUGCAGCGGGGAAACUGAAAGGGAAGCGUUCGAAAGAGCUCAUGUCCUCUUCUAGUCUUUCCGGUAUGUCGCAAUUGUCCAAUAGCAGUGAGGAGACAUUGGAGGCCUUUGUACACAAACCCCAUAAAUCUGAUAAUUUAGAAACCGCAACGAAUAUACGAAGUGCACAGAACAACGAAUGGUUAAUAAGUAGACCGCAUGGAAACAAGGCGCCUAUUUUACGCUUUAAAUGUUCCGCUCUAGCCACGCCACCGGAGGACCCGCCCGCGAAGCAGCUGCAUAUGACUUACAAGAUCUUUCAAACAGACACCAAGCUCAUCAGUCUUCUGCUACAAUCGCACGGCUUGGUAGAGGUGCCGAUGAACGAGGCGGAUUUUAAUAUUCUAUGGAUGGGAAAUCAUCCGAAGCCAGAUGUCCUACGGAAUCUGAUGCCUUAUCAGAAAGUGAACCAUUUUCCCAGGUCUUAUGAGAUCACACGCAAGGAUCGUCUCUACAAAAACAUCGAAGCUAUGCAAAGGAGCAAAGGCCUUCGAAAUCUCGACUUUAUACCUCAAACUUUUUUACUGCCGGCCGAAGCCAGGGAAUUGAUCUCGGCACAUUUCCGAUAUAGAGGACCGUGGAUCGUUAAACCUAAAGCUAGCUCACGAGGCCGUGGUAUUUAUAUCGUUAACAAUCCCGAGAAGAUUCUGACAGACGAAUCGGUUAUCGUGGCACAGUACAUAAAUAACCCGCUUUUAGUCGAUGGACACAAGUGCGACUUGCGUCUCUACGUGGCUGUGACGAAUUAUGACCCCUUGCUAAUUUAUUUAUACGAGGAAGGUUUAGUGAGAUUCGCUACCGUCAAGUACGACGGCGGGAACCAAUAUAUCUGGAAUCCUUGCAUGCAUCUUUGCAACUACAGCAUAAACAAGUUCCACGUGGAUUAUGUAAAGAACGAAGAUCCGGAUGCCGAGGAUGUGGGACACAAGUGGACAUUGUCAGCAUUACUCAGACACUUGCGCUCACUGGGCCAAGACACGGAAUUGCUAAUGCAACGCAUAGAAGACAUUAUCAUAAAAUCCAUUCUCGCUACCGCAUCCGGGAUUGUUAGCGGCUUAAAGCAAUUCGUGAAACAUCCCGAGACGUGUUUCGAACUAUUUGGCUUUGAUAUAUUAAUCGAUGAUACGCUGAAGCCGUGGUUACUGGAAGUAAAUUUAACUCCCUCAUUGGGAUGCGAUUCGCCACUAGAUGUUAGACUCAAGUCAGCUUUGAUAGCAGACUUGCUUACUCUUGUCGGGAUACCUGCUGUUGAUCCAAUCCUGCGCCCUCAAAAUUUAAAUCGUGCUGCCGUCAAUUCCAAUAAAAGGAUAACUAGUUAUAGAAGGGUACAGUCCGCAGAAACAUUACCUCAGGGGAGGAAGGGCACUAAUAGAAGUAACGUAAAUAAGUCAGGCUUAAGUUCAGAGCAACAACGAAUAGUAGCGUCUGCCAAAGCGCAAUUCGAGAGGAGGGGUGGAUUUGUUAGAAUAUUCCCAAGUCCGAAGUCUUGGGAGCUCUAUUCGCAAUACUUGGAUCUGAUUACAGGUUCGCCGAUGAUGUCAGACCCACUUGGCCCGAGGAGGCUGCCGCAACAAGUCAAUACAAAUCAUAAUCUGAUGUUACAUGAACAAUUGUUCCCCGCAGCUAGUCGUGUUACCGGUUUUCUAAUACCAGAAGUAACAUUAGAUAGACUAUCUAGAUACGAGAGGUACGAAAGAGCAUUGGUAAAGGGUCACAAGCAAAGCUUGGAUCGUGAAAAUAAGGAGAACGUGGAUAUAGAUAUGCAUAAAUAUAAGAAUCAAGUGAUGCAAUCAAUGCAGGAAGGCAACAAACUCAGUCCCGGUGAAGCGAGGAAGGCCUUCGGUUUAUAUUUAGGUUAUAUAUUACGAAAAAUAUCACAGUCCAACGCAGACCCGGCAUGCUGCGAUCUCGUGAUGAAAUUCCUCCAACAUUCGUCCUGCAGCCUGAGGACGCCGUUUCUGUUCACGUUACCGUGUAGUAAGCUGAGCGACAAGGACCGAGCUGCCAUUACUGCGAAACAAUUGUCGGAUUUUUUACAUCUGUACAACAGAGAGACGGAUCUUUACGAGGAUACCGUGGAUCGGCCUCGUACCGUCCCUAACAAGCUCUUCCAAAAAUUUCUGGCCGCAGCAAGCGAGCAAGACCUCGACGACGUGUUGAUCUUGCAAACCCGGCUUUACAAAUGCGCUCACAGUUUCCUGGGAAGAAGCGGCUUCGCCGGCAGCCUGCGCGGCGCCAAUCUUCUCGGCUCUUUGCCGCACAUUACGUCGCGGGUGUAUUCCAAUGCCGCCGUAACGGAACAGUGCAAGUGUAACAAUCCAAUUAAUAGGUAACUCAAUUGGCAACUAACUUAUUCGCACUUUUCGCACACAAUUCUUAUAUACAAUUAUAACCCCACGUCCGUUCGAAUAGCAGCCCCGCGAGUGCCACGCAACUCCUGUAUCGGCAGUAUUUUAAUAUCAAUUGGCGAUCUCUCUUGCGCGUUAAUACUGUAACGAAUCCCUUCAUGUAGCACGUUGAAUGUGUUGGGCUGCUCGAUAAGUUCGCGCGGAUUUUUACAAAGGGUUCAAGGCCGAUGACUUUGACAAUUGGGCGUAACUUUAUUCAAUAAUGUAUUGACCAUUUUCUUGUUGACGGUAGGUCAUUAAAAAAAAAGAAAAAGCAACGAAAGCAAGCUAUGCUUGACUGUGGGAAUUUCGGCUUCAAGUUUUUCGUAAAAGUCUGAACUUAGCGAACAACCCAAUAUAAAGAAACAAAGAAGAAUAUUUUGGGUACUUUCUAAGUCUAUUCCGCUGAGUCAUGAAUAACUUUCGUGUUUUUCCCUCCAAGUUUAUUUUCGUAUAAAAUAUUGGACGAUGGAGCCUAAUAAUAAUGUGUGUAUUCGUCCUUAUUGAUACUUUUCUAGUAUUUUUCGAUAGACUCUUUCUGUGAGUGUCCAGGAAAAAAUCAAGCAUUAGUCUCGGUCCGAAGUUAUUUAUGACUCGAUUCAAUAUCAAGGGAGAUAGUAAACAAAAAAAAAGAGAAUCGUCUUUCUCAAAGUUCCGUUUGUGAAUUAUUUGUGUGUCGCUUAUCGUAGACACUAGUGAGCGUGCAAAAGAUCUCAAUUUAUUCGGAUAUUUCAAUUUAUUCCGUCUGAAUGUUUCAAGUUUGAAGAUUUUAGCGAAUGUUAUUUCUCACAAUGUUCGAAAAGAAUAUCGAUGAAUAAUGACGUUAAUAUAAUAACAUUUUACUUAUAUUAUCAUCUUCUAGGUAUAUCGCAGGACGUUGCCCGAUUAGAUGAGAAUUUUGCAUGCUUAUCACUUUUGUGGAUUUAUAGUCUUCACAAACCUCUUCACAAACGGUUUUUCGAGAGAAAGUCCCGUCGAACGUUAUGUCGGAUCUAAGCUACUGUACUUUACGCUCAUACGAAGAUGACGCUAGUAAUCAGGCGGAGCUUUACGGAAGUUUUCCUCAAUAAUAAUGCCAUUAACUACCGUUUUGCAUCGAAUAGAGUUCGGACUUUUUGACUAGUCUGUAACGUGAGAAAAAGGUCUGUUUCGCAUCGAAUAGAGAUCGGACUUUUUGAUUAGUCUGUAACGUGAGAAAAAGGUCUGUUGCCUAUAAACAUAAAGUUGACGGUAACAUAAUAUAUCAUGAUUAUUUCAUACAUCCCGUAUGGUGCGGCCCAAAGAUAUCGGGAGGUCUAGAGAUACGCAAAUCUGGUUAGCCUAUUUGUAUUUUACACAACGUUAUUUCGUAAUUUUCAUCAUGUAGUACGCUUGUCAAAUAUUCAAUCGGAAUGUUGUCAGAUAGUUAAUAAGAAUGGAUGUAGUUUUGUACUGAAAAUUAACAAGCCGUGAGAGAGCUAGAUAUUACACUAUAUAGUAAAUUAAGCUGAUAUCGCCGGCUCUCAUACGUGACGUAAAUAUUUAUAGGCUAAAUUCCGAAUUAACUUGAUACUUGAGGCUUUUGCGGUUUUCAAAUUAACCUACUAUAUCUUGGUUGACGUUUCGUUGAUUGGUGAGGUUCGACGAUGUGACAAAGCGAAACGAGCGUAAGACAAAUGGAUUUUUCCUUCUUCUGCUAUUUAUUUAGAACAAUUGACUUGUAUCCGUUAACGCAUCUCGAACCACCGCACGUAAGAAGACUCGGAAUUGUCGCCGAUUUCCACGCUCUAGCAGAUAAAUACAGUAGUAAGAUUUAAUCAAUUUUCCCGCAUCUUAGAUAGCCGUAAAUAUUUUAUUAGAAUUAUGUGACUAAACUAUAGUUAUAUGCGUGUCAGCCUGUGUUCGUCUCGUCAAAGAGAACGUGUUCCUCUAUUAAUACCUAUUAUCCUCGGCGUAAAAAUUUCCGACGAUAUUUUCCAUCGAUUAUAUAUUGCUUAUAUCUAGUCAUAAUUAAUGAAACGCGAGAUUUUACAGAUUAUUGACAAUCUACACAGGGAAGGAGAUAGGAAAUCCUUCAAUUCUAUCAUUUGAAUAGUUUAACUUAAUUUUUAGGUAUAAGUCGAGUAAUAUAUUGUACUUACAAACGGCAAUUAAAAUAAACAUAAUGUAUCUACAUCUCUUUCGGAUCGCGCAAGUCAAAUGUCUAACUUAAAUUAAGGUCAAGUGCAUUUUUCGGACUUGUGAUUAUUCGAUUCUAAUUCCUGGUCAGUAUUUUGAAUAAAUGGUCAGUAAUUUAUGACAAGUAUCAGGACUUGUUACGAUACGUGUUCGUUAUUACGAUAUGUGUUCAAAAAAUGCACUUUUAACAUUGUUAUUGGGUUGCUGCGAUAACAAUGUAAAUGAUCAGUAUUUAAAACAGUCUGCUGGAAAGUGCUAUUUUAUUUCACUAGUGGUAUUUAUCUAUUUAUUGAACAAGUUACCAUACAUUUAUCAAAGAAAUACUGACCGACAUAUAUAUUUCUAUUUUUAAUAAAAUCAACGAAAAAUAUAUAUCCUUUGUAAGUCACACUCGAAAAUAGCAAUUCAUAGUUCAAUCAAUAGUAAAUACACGGCAGCUUAGGCAAACUUUGUUAGUAUUGCAUUAUUUAUGCAUCGCUGUAUUGUAUUUCGAUGAUAAUCUUACAGGAUGAAACGUGCGAAAUGUACACCGGACUAUUACAAAUUAUUGCGAAGAAUACAUUAUACAAAUUGUACAUUACUCUAUUUGCUAACAUUAAUGCGAGAUGCUCGUUCGUAGUUACAGAUUGAAAUUUCGUAAUUCUCUAUUAAAAUCUAAAAUUCUCUAUUAUCCAAAUAUUUUGUCGGAAAUUAAAAAAAAACUGUUCUGAACACAUAUAAUAAAUAAAAUAAAAUAAAUAACCCAACAUUUUUGCAAUUUAUCGCAGACAUAUAUCGUGCAGGUGUGCACACGCACAUUUAAUGAAAAGAUCAGCCGACUACUGACAAUCGCUAGAGUUCACAUGUUGUUAUAUUAACACGAACUGUUAAUACUGUCGACACAAGAAACGUAAAUAGAUGAAGUGCAAAUAAAAUUAUGUAAUAAUUCCGCUUGAAACGCAAGCUCGUUCAACUUGUACGUUUUGUCACUCCCACUCGACAUUUCAUAGCACAAAGUACUAAGGUAACAUACGAAGUCAGACGAGUUUAUGUUCUAAACAGAAAAUCACAUAAAUAAAUUGUUUUAUUCGCGAA